UGGCGCUGGGCCGGCCCGCGCCGCCGCCGCCGCCUGCAGCGGGUCGGGACGGUGCUCAGGCUCUUCGUGUACCCGGUGAAGUCGUGCCGGGGCGUGUCGGUGCGGCGGGCGCAGGUGACGCCGAUGGGGCUGCGCAGCGGGGAGAUGCGGGACAGGUUCUGGCUGGUGGUCAGGGAGGACGGGCACAUGGUGACAGCUCGCCAGGAGCCGCGGCUCGUCCUUAUUUCUGCCCGCUGUGAAAGCGGGAACUUGAUCUUGGAGGCCGGGGACAUGGAGAAGAUAAGCGUGCCUGUAAAGCUCCCCAAGAAAAAUCCCGUCCACAACUGCAGGGUGUUUGGACAGGAUAUCCAAGGCAGGGACUGUGGUGAUGAAGUGGCUCAGUGGAUCACCACUUUCUUGAACUCAGAGCCCUGUCGACUGGUGCACUUUGAGCCCUCCAUGAUGCCAAGAAAGUCAAAGGAUAUGAUAGCCCUUUUCCGAAACACAGAUGAGAUUGCCUAUCCUGACUGCAGCCCAGUCUUGAUCAUCUCUGAAGCUUCAAUGGAUGAUUUAAAUACCAGGCUGGAAAAGAAAGCUAAGAUACAGAACUUCAGGCCAAAUAUUUUUGUAACAGACUGCAGUGCUUUUGAGGAGGACACCUGGGAGGAUAUUCUUAUUGGUGAUGUGGAGAUGAAAGGGACCGUGUGUUGUGGCAGGUGUAUUUUAACAACCGUUAAUCCAGACACUGGGGUCAUCGACAGGAAGGAGCCCUUGGAAACAUUGAAAAGUUACCGCUUAUGUGACCCAUCUGAGAAACACAUUUACAAAACCAGUCCUCUCUUUGGGAAAUACUUUGCUGUUGACAAAACUGGAACGAUUCAAGUUGGGGAUCCUGUGUACAAGAUGGUCUGGGAAUGAAGGAGACUUUGAUCAGAAGAUGCUUUUUCACUUUGAUAUGCAGAUUGUUUUUCCAUGUACAUGGUCACCAGCAUAACUUUUUCUUCUUCCUUGCAAUAUUUUUUUGUACUCUUUAAGGUGCAGGAGGUUCUUUGACGCUCUGAAGUGCCAGUCAUUUCAGAUCACAGAAUCUACUGGCAUACCUGUAAUAACCAUAUCUUUAGUUGAACUGUGGUGGUUCAGGAGGCUGUGGUAGAAGAAACUGAUCCAUGACAGACUUUACAGCACCACUGUGAGCAUCGCACUUCCUAAAAUUUCAUGUCAACCGCAGCAUUGGAAUCCAAAUUUAUGUACAAGAGUUUGCAUCAUGUGUUGGAUACAUUUAGUGCCUAUAAAGAACGACAAAAACAGUCAUGUCAAGCACAAAGCAUAUUUGUCACAGAGCUGCCUUUAUAAGUGAUUAUGGAGUGCAGGUGGCAGGGCUCUGCUUUCCUCCUUUGGUCCUAAUUAUCUUGCCCUGUCUAUGUCCAGAGGUAGCUUUUAGCAGUGUUUCUUUCCUUGCAGUUGUUUCCUGAGGAUUGUCUGGAAAUAAUUCCAUUAUUGUGUACUGUCUCUUGAGGAGCAAUAUCAGAAGGAGGAUUGUGAGCUUACUAAAUAGUCAGGUCUAGGGGCAGGGGUGCCAGGUAAUGAUGUGUAAGGCUGUGGGCUUGUUUAGUUUGUGACCUCUGCUUGACAGUUUGAACUGUCAAUUUUUUAUCCUGGGAACAAUACCAUAACACUGAGGCUGUAGAGUUGUGAUGCAUUUGCUAACAGAGCAGUAGAGUUUCCAGUUUGACUAAAAUAACUGGAUGUUCACUGUGUCAGUGACUUCAUGGACGCUGGAGGGGAAGAAAAGCUGUAUGGGGUGAUCUGAUGUUGAGCCUGCCCUGUUCAAGCUGUUGUCCUGGCCAAUAUUGCAGGGCUCAUGCACAGCUCCUCUCUGGGUCAGUGAAUCUCAUUGUGUAGACAGUUAGGCUGCUAAGCAGAUGUUUGGGAAGCUGCAGUUUGGGCAUGUUAGCAUCCUUACUGGAUCUGCAUUUAAAUCUGGUUGUCCCACAGUCCUGUUCCAAUCUAACCAAAAUGUCAGCUGUUUGUAGGAAGCUGAUAAUUAUAUCUUCUACUGCAUAAAACAAAUAAGGAAGAAAACUAAUUGAAUUACAGCAAUGUUAUCUUUUUUAAAAUGUUACAUGAUUUUUAUUAAAAAAAAAAAAAGUAGCCUCCAGGAGAAAAGCCAGCCAUCUUUCGAAUGCUUGUCUGCUUGUUUCUUUUUUAUGAAUUUCUAAAUUUUAAAAGAGUGUUGUCCUAGCCUAUAAAAGGAAUCAAAUUGAGUGUGAAGAAGGACAAAUAUGCUAUCUGAUGUUUAGAAUCUUCAUUUUCUGUUGUAGGUAUGAAAAGGGAAUUUUGGUGCAUGUUCACAACUCAGACCUGCAAAAUGAAGAGCCGUUGAGCUUUGAGGAAGUGCAGGUGUAUGUAUGCUGGAUGUAUGUAGCAAGCCUGAAGCAAUCAUGUCAGGAGGUAGUUUUCUAUUAUUUGUGAACUCAUAGUUGCUCUGAUUGCCAUUUUGCCAGGAGGGGUGUUCUGUAAGUAUUAAGUUUUCCUGGGACAUUCAAGUGCCCAGUUUGAAGUGCAUGUUGCAUAUUUGUGUAUUGUUAUGCUUGAUGCAGCAGCUAAUGGGAAGAAGUGAGAGGAAAAGCAUCUUUUAAAAAGAAAAAGAAUUCCAAGGUUCACUCUUAAAAUGCACAUGUUGAAAGUUCUUAGUGUUAGAAGCUGAAAGUUUGUGGAAUUCCUAAUGGUGUCAUUAAGCACAGGCAGCCUGCUGGCCUGCCAAAGCAAUUAGUUAAGAGUGUGUCUCUUCAUUAAGUCACAGAAGCGGAAGGAAAAAGAGCUGAUUUUUUUGCUUCUGGCCAAACAUUUUUUUUUUUCCACUGUUCUAGCAGCAUAUCAGCAUUUACAUAACACAAAUUGUGUGGUGUAGAUCCCAUUGCAAUUGGGUGGUAUAGAUCCUGUUGCCUCUCAUUAGGCUGCUGUCAAAUGGGCUGAUUUGGAAGUGGGGUUGUCUUUGCAAGGAUAAACUGUCAUCUGCAUCCCUGUUUGGAAGAGGCCAGAGAUCUAAAACCCCGAUUUACUCCUGUUAAGCCUCUUAGCAGAAUAUGGCUGGAAUCCUAAAACAGGUCUGCAUCUGAGUACAACAUGGUUCACAGAUGACACUUAAAUCAAUUAUGUGGCCAUUUUGUGAAGCAUGAGUUAGAACAUUGCAAUGUAAAUAUUUUCUUAUGACUCUUGAUUUGCUGUAACUGUAGGAAUUGCAUUUGAUUUUUUUAAAGCAGUAUCGACAAUUGAAUGAAAACAUGUCAGUCAUAAGCCACUGGUUUUUAAAUUGUGUACUUAAACAAUUGUUAAUUUUUUUAACUCUAGAAGAAGAAAACAAAAGUAUAAACUUCUAAUGAAUCCAA